CCAUGUCUCCAUGCGACUCCAAGCCGGUCGUAAUCAUCUAGCAGCCAACAUGCCAACGCGACUGAACCAACACUGAGCCGUAGUUUCCCAGGAAGGCAGCGAAGAGACAAUAUCUUUAACCAUAGACACUUGUACGGUGCAUGACAAGCGACACAACAUGAAAACCACGAGUCUCAUUCUCGUGGUGUCGAUACUGAGUGGCGCGCUAGUGACAGAGACGCUCGCCGCGAGUUCCUCCGUGAUAUCUUCCACGGAAGGGGAAGGAAAAUGCGAGGAGAUCACCAUCCCCAUGUGCCUCGGCAUAGGCUACAACAUGACGCGGAUGCCCAACGAGCUCAACCACGAAUCGCAAGACGAAGCCGGGCUAGAAGUCCACCAGUUCUGGCCCUUGGUCGAAAUCAAAUGUUCGUCCGACUUAAAAUUCUUCCUCUGCUCCAUGUACGCUCCCAUCUGCCUCCCGGACUUUCAAAAACCGCUCCCGCCAUGCCAAGGGUUGUGCAGAAGAGCUAGGGAAGGGUGCGAACCCAUCAUGACCCAGUACGGCUUCAAGUGGCCCGAGAGGAUGGAAUGCGAGAAAUUCCCCGUGCAAGGAGGCGAAGUCCUCUGUAUGGACCAGCCGGCCCAGUCCAACGCCUCGUCUACUGCUAAACCGCCGCCGUCCCGCAUCAAACCCCUCAAACCGUGCAAAGGGUCAAAAAACUGCACAAGCCCCCACGGAGACGGAAGAAAAACCAACACAAGAGAAUGCAAGUGCCAGUGCCAGCAUCCUCUGGUGUCGCUAGUCUCCAUGGGGCGCGAAACCUUACCGAUGUUCAACAGAAGCGUCGCCGGCGUCGCAAACUGUGCAUACCCGUGCAAGGAGACCUACUUCAACCAGGAGGAGAAAGAAUUCGCGGCGAUCUGGAUCACGCUAUGGUCCGGGCUAUGCGCCGCUUCUACGCUAAUGACACUUACCACGUUCUUCAUCGAAACCGAAAGGUUCAAAUACCCUGAGAGGCCCAUCGUGUUCUUAUCGGCUUGCUACUUCUUGGUCUCCAUCGGAUACCUGAUCAGAGUCGGAUUAGGACACGAAGAAGUUGCCUGCGAAGCCAAGAUUAUCCGCUACUCGUCCACUGGGCCCAGCCCGUGCACUUUGGUGUUCCUUCUCGUGUACUUCUUCGGGAUGGCGUCUUCAAUAUGGUGGGUGGUGCUGUCACUUACCUGGUUCCUAGCUGCUGGACUCAAAUGGGGCAAUGAAGCCAUAGCUAGUUACGCGCAGUACUUUCACAUCGCCGCUUGGUUGAUACCGACUUUCCAAACGUUAGCUGUGCUACUGUCAGGGGCAGUAGAUGGUGAUCCAGUGUCUGGAAUAUGUUCCGUGGGUAACAUGAACAUGGAGAACCUACGGACGUUCGUACUGGGCCCCCUUGUUGUCUAUUUAAUACUCGGUACUAGUUUCCUCUUGGCCGGAUUCGUUUCUCUCUUCAGGAUCAGGAACGUUAUAAAAAAACAAGGGGGUGCCGGCGCUGGUUCCAAAGCCGAUAAACUGGAGAAACUGAUGAUCAGAAUAGGCAUCUUCAGCGUGCUGUACACCGUACCCGCUACCAUAGUGAUCGGUUGCCACUUAUACGAGAACACCUUCCACGACGAAUGGCUUAAAUCCCUAGCCUGCACUUGCCCCAACUCCAACAUAAUGCCCAUGAAGGUCCGACCCCUCUACUCCGUUCUAAUGCUCAAAUACUUCAUGGCCCUAGCAGUCGGGAUCACCUCGGGAGUGUGGAUUUGGUCGGGCAAGACCCUGGACUCCUGGAGACGGUUGUGGAGGCGGCUCUUCGGCAGACCCGACUUGACAGGCGCUAACGCCGUGCUAAUAAAGAACCGCACCGGAAAACCACCCCCACCGCAAUAUUUAGUCGCAGGACCCGGCAGCGCUUCCUUGCUGGGCCCCACCGGAAGCGUCGCGUCCGCCAGCCAGCACCACCUCCACCACCACGUGCUGAAACAGCCCCCGCUUAGCCACGUAUGACAAGCGGGCGAAGGGGGCGCUCCCAUGGUGGUCGCUCAUCCUCCUCAAGGCUCCGGACCUUCGCUGAGCAAUUACGGGCCCAUUUGAGUGACCGCCUGGGCCCCCCGCGAUAUGGUCACAGCUCUCUAGUCUACUGCAACAGUGCCAUCGGCCUGCCGGACGCUCGUUCUCUUUUGUACAGACGAAAUUAUUUUUUAAAGUUUUGUUGUGUAUUUAUUUAUUUACGGAAAAGUGUAUAAAUGUGAAAAUUUUAAAUAUUGUGAUUACGAACUGAUUUUUUUACAUACUCAUGUAGAAAUCCUUUACCAGAGUUUCACCUCGGUUUCCUAGGUUCGUGAAUAUCGUAAAUAAACUGGAAAUACUAGAAACAAAAUCUGAUACUUGAUUCCGAAUCGGUGCUUUCGUUGAACGUUAACUAAAUCAUUCCUUUGUUUUUAUUCUAAACAUGAGCUGAAUGGACGAAAUUUUAAUAAAUAUUUUUUACUUUGUUGUUUAUGGUGUUUCAUAAAAUGGACAAAGAUAUGUUUAAAAGAGGCUCAUACUCACAAAAUAUGUUCAAUGAGUUUUUACACUUUAGAAAUCGGUUAUCAUGUGGUUACAAACCUGGGAAAUUUCAGUAAAAUUCUGUGUACUGUUACGACUCAAUUUGUAUAAAGCCCCUUCAUUGGUCGAUAUUUGACACCAGAAGAAAGACGUUAUUUAUUAGGUGUCUAAUUGGACAAAAUCAGUUGUAGAUCUUUUUCGGGUGCCACUUUACCCCAAUGUAAAAUAAACACAUGUGCUCGAAAAAAAAAAGUAGAUUCACUUAGAACCCCUGAAGCAGACAGUGUUGUUUAAUGUUCUAUUUCAAAUGCAAUAUAGGGUCUAAGGUAAACAAUGAGCCGAGUAAACUCUCACAUUGAUUUAUUGCCUAAAAAUAAAAAACAUCCAACCCAGUUGGUUAUCUUCGCCCGACUCCUCGUCGACUCAGUACUAUCAAUCAGACCUGUCUUAACACUGCCUCAAGAAACACAAAUAAAAUCCAUACUUCCCAAUUCGUAAAAAGCGCCUAAAAAUAGACCUGUCCUCAACCUGCACUUCCGUAAAAAACUUGAGAGAUCCAGUUUGAAUUCAUGUGGCUGCUGAGGCAUUACGAUCCAUGACACUUUAUUUACAAUAUACAGGGAUGGACGAGGUAACAAUCACCUCUUUGAAAGAAAAAUCUCACUAGGUUACAAACAUAGCCUAACUAAAGACUUUUCUAGCUAAACAAGGUGGCAAAAUGCAUUUAUUAACCAAAAUGGUACUUGAGAACUAACGUAGAUAUGAUUAAUAAAAGUUAUCUGACAUGCGAGAUAUGAUACGAUAAGAGUUGAAUAACUGAAAUGUAAUUAUAUUGAGAGAAAUGGUUCCAAGGAGCAUCUACAAUUGGUACUGGUGACCAAAUAUCGUGUUUUAAAAUUACAACAAAGAUCAUCCCUUUGAACAAUCUCUCUCGGAUCGAAAGCGUUGCAAAAAUUUAUGUAAAUCCGUCUUUCCAGAUAGCUACACUUCAGCUGAACUUGUAAGUUGUCUGCUGAAGUGUAGCGACGGAACUGACGCUUAUAAUAAUUCAAAAGUGAUGAGAACAUAUACGUAACUAGUUUUAAUUAUUGGGAGUGUGUCGAUCAUAUGUGUGUGAAAGGGGAUUUGAACUUCAAGGGAAUGUUGUGAGAGUGACCUAGCCAUAUUCAAUGCCAUAUUCGUGCCACAAAGAUAUUUGGGGACCAUUUCGAAAAGAAAAAAAAAACGGGAAUUCUACUGAAGCUUCAAAUCGUCUGUCUGAAUGCUAGUGAUUUGUAAAAAUAUCUUAAUAUAUUCUUGUAGUUCGGGUUAGUCUAUAGGUUUUUAUAUUAAAUUAUUGAAGUGAACCCCGUAACCUUUUGUACUUAUUACUGUCUAUUUAACCAAUGUGUAAAUAUGUCUGUGCAGUCACGUAUAUCGAACAGAAGUCUACUGUUAUAUAUGUACUAAUUAAAUAUUGAAUAAGAUUAUUAAUGAAGGGACGCCCUUCGUCAAACAAAAAGUGAUGAUUUGUAUCCAAUUUAUAGCUUUACGAAAUUAAAUUAUAUAUAUAGAGUGUAGAACAUAUCAGAUUUUAUAAAAAGUUUUUAUCCGCACAUACAUCUCUCUCUGGGUAUAGAUUGUCACGGUUGAGUUGGUUUAAUAAGGUUCAUUUGUAUUUUAACUGAUUUCGUUUUAUGGAAUAAAACCAAUAACGACUGAGCACAAAUUUAUUUUGUAUAUUUUUUUUAUGGAACUUGUACAGCAUAUUGUAACUGCGUGUAUAGUAGUCAUAGUUAUUGUAACUUGUAUGUAUGCUUCAAAAUGUAUACGAUUUUAAUUAUAUUUUAUUGUUUAAAUUUAA